UAGAGGGCGCCAUAGACGGUCUCUCGGUCUGAUUGUGGUCACGUGAUUUGAAGUGGCAAGGAAAUGUGUACAGCGAAACGCGUGUGCAGCGAAAGUUGUUUAUAGUGUUUACUAAUUUAAUUUCUGUUUAAAAGCCUUCCAUUUUGAUACAACACGUGGACAUGACUCUCUUUCAGUAUGUGUUUGUGAAGAAAUGGUAAUUUAUCGAGCCUCUACAGUGGUCUGACUGCUAUCUCUUCAUGCUCUGGUGUGUGAUCAGGGAACGUUGCCACCUCCUGUUUCCCCUGUAUACCCUGGUGAAAUAUGGAGGAUGUAAAGGGGGACAUGGAUGCUGAGAGUGACAGUGAGCAUCAGACUUCCGGAGAUGAUGUGAUUGACAUUAGUUUCUGUGGCUCCACCCCUCUGUUGUGGAAGGUGUCGGAUAUAAAGAGGUGCAGAGGUGCAGGUGUGAUCGGGGCUCUUGUUGGCUCUCUGGCCCGUCAGCCUCGGCAGAAUGUGCGACUGGGGAGACCGCUGGAGCUGAUGCAGGAGGAGGCUCUGCUGCUGGAGGAGACGAGCGCUGCUACAGCAUCACUGCACACUCAGGAAUGUGAAGAUGAGGAAGUGCAUUCACAGGCCGUGAGACAGUAUGAAGCAGGACAGGAGAGCAGUUAUAAGGAGCAGUGCGCUCUGGCCCUGGAGGAUAAGAAGACAGUGCUGAGAAGAAUCAUGCAAGAGAAGGACAAUGGUUCCGAUGACUCUGGGAAUGCAGUUAGAGAUCGUCUUACUGCACUGGACCAAGGUUUUAGUUUUCCACGGUCAGCCAUGGCGGUUCAGCUUUGUACUGCCCGGUCCGGCUUCAGUCAGUGUCCGGAGGAACGCAGUUUCUUGUCCACCGAUUGGCCGAUGCCUAGAGAUGAACGCCUGGAAACCAGAUUCCGUGUAUACAGGGAUCUGAGAAGUAAAGGUUAUUAUCUGACCUCCGCAGGGAAGUUUGGAGGAGAUUUUUUGGUAUAUCCUGGUGACCCUCUACGCUUUCAUGCUCAUUUCAUAGCGCUGUGUAUGCCCAUUGAUGAACAGAUACCGAUUUGUGACAUUCUAGCUAUAGCUCGGCUGGGCUCUAAUGUGAAGAAAACAGUGUUGCUUUGCUCUCCUCAGAUGGGAAAAGAUGAGGGAUGUGUGGUGUAUUCAUCACUGCAGUGGAGCUCUAUGGUUUAACUUGACUGAACUUGUUUUGAUUUGAAUUUUGAUUGUUGAUCGGUGGUGUGGUGCUGUUCAGGCAUGUCAAAAAAAACCUCAAACGCGCCUUUAUGUGGAAUAAAACAUUGAGACGACCAAAUUCUCUUUAUGUACAUGAUCAAGUAUGCAAGAGGAAGAUGUCUUACAGUAAUACAAUGAAUGUUUUAGGAAUCUGUUAUUUAUAACAUUUGUUUCCAUUGUUUUUCAUCGCUUGUUUGCGUUUGUCCUGUUUUACAAAAAUGUGUAACUUCCUGGAAUAUUACAUCACCACUAUGCUUUUUAAAAAUAAGAUUAAAAAAAACUAUAAGUGGUGGUGAAAUUGACAUUGUGGUAAAAGACACCUUGUGUAAACACUAUGAAUUA